AUGAAAGUGCAAACAGCGACUUUGUUCGCUUCUUCGAUUUCUGCUGUCACAUUAGCAGCAUGCUUAAUGGCGAUGUUCUAUAUUUACUCGGAUGUGGCAGGAUUCUGGAUCGAGCUUGAGCAAGAACUCAGCAACUUUCGGCGAACAACUGACGAUCUAUGGAACGACAUCAUGGACAUAGCUUCAGCAAAGAGAGUUCGACGUCAAAACGAAAAUGAUGUGAACAAAUCUCUUGCCGAAGGCUCACCCUCAACAAUUCAUGGAAGCCCUCCCUCUACACCUCCUGCGUUUGCACAAAGGUUAAAUGGAGAGCAGGAAUGUAUGUGUAAUGCUGAUAGCAAAUGUCCACCUGGACCACCUGGACCGAAAGGCGUUCCAGGAGCGCCUGGCCCAGAAGGAUACCCUGGAGAAAAUGGAAAACCAGGUGUCGAUUCUGAAGACAUAGCUCCUCAACGUGAUACAAUCGGAUGCUUUUAUUGCCCAUUGGGACCUCCAGGAGCACCAGGAGCAUUAGGACGUCCUGGACCUCGAGGAUUACCGGGUCCAAAAGGUCGCGACGGAAACUCGGGACGUGACGGAAUACCUGGAAAUCCAGGAGAACAGGGACCUGCUGGACCGACUGGAAAGAUAGGUGAACCUGGCCCUCCAGGAGAGAAAGGUCGUGAUGCAGAACACCCGGUUGGUCGGCCAGGACCAAAAGGUCCGUGUGGAGAUAGCGGCCUUCAAGGUCCACCAGGUUCCAACGGGCUCAAUGGACCUCCUGGAGAGCCUGGACCAAUUGGGUUACCUGGCGCAAUUGGAAAACCUGGUCCUCAAGGUCCCGAAGGACCACCAGGAGAAGAGGGCCCCGAAGGUAGAAAAGGAAGGGAUGCGGAGUACUGCCCAUGCCCUAUUCGUGCUUCGGACUCUAUAACUGGUGAAUGA